AAAAAAAAAAAAAUAAAUAAAAAUAAAUUUUACCAUGGAAUCUAUGGACCAUGUGGAUUGCGAAUAUGAAGUUGAAAAGGUAGUUGACCAAAAAGUUGUUAAUGGGAAUAUUUACUAUCAAAUAAAAUGGAAAGGUUAUGAUAGUGAAUAUAACUCAUGGGAACCAUAUCAUAAUCUCAAUUGUUCAGAGUUAUUAUCUCGUUUUCAAUGUGAACAAAUAAUUAGAAAUAAAAAAAUAUUGGAAAGAAAACGUCAACUUCUUAAAGAACGUGAUUCAAAUUCAUCUACAUCCAGUAAAGAUGGAUCUUCUGUCCAGUUUUAUAAAAAAGAAAUUAAAAAUUCUACUAUUCAUAAAGAAACACGAAUACAAAAAAACAUUUCGGAAGCACAGUAUAAUAAAAAUAAUAAUAGUAAUAGUAGUAUUGGAGUUAAAAGACCUAUGACAUUAGUUGAAAAAUUUCAACAGCAAACUGGAUUUGCAUCUAAUAAAAAACCUAAAAUUAUUAUACCAAUUCCAUCACCUAAAGUUUUAGAGUUUGAAAGAUUUCUUAAUCGUUCUAUUAAGAAUGGUCCACCGAUUUCUGUUAUAAAUGACAUUGAUGAUGCUGGCAUACCUUCAAACUUUACAUAUGUUGAAAACUACGUAUAUGGUGAAGGGGUGCCUUGUAGAAUAGAUCUAAGUGAGCGGUUGGUUGGGUGCAGGUGUAAAGAAGGAUAUUGUACUGCAAAAGGUUGCUCAUGCUUCACUGAACAUACUGGAGCAAGGCUAAAUUAUGACAGAACAACAUUUCAAGUAAUGUUAAAACCUGGCAACGUAAUUUAUGAAUGUAACUCCAAGUGUACUUGCCUUUCUAAUUGCGUUAAUCGGGUUUCUCAACGGAGGUCCGAUUUGAGUUUAAUGAUUAAAAGAUUUCCUAAAAAAGGUUGGGGUGUAAUCACAAGAAGAAAAAUUCCCGAACGUGUGUUUGUAACAUAUUAUUACGGAGAAAUAAUAAAAUCUACAGAAGCUGAUAGACGUGGAUCUCAAUAUGAUACAAAAGGACUAACUUAUCUUUUUGAUCUUGAUUAUAAUGCAGAAGAUCAUGAUGAAUGUGCUUACACUGUAGAUGCUACAUAUUUUGGAAAUUUUUCUCGUUUUUUUAAUCAUUCAUGUGAUCCUAACUUGGUCGUAUAUCCUCUUAUUAAUGAUAACGCCGAUAUUAGGUUACACCAUAUUGCUUUCUUUACAAGUAGAGAAAUUCAAGUAGGCGAAGAACUAACUUUUAAUUAUUUUGGUAAUUUUUAUAACGAAGAGGUGGAGAGCGGGUUAAGCAAAAUAAAGGAAAAAUAUGUUUGCAAAUGUGGGUCAACAAAGUGUAUCGGUUAUUUUCAUAAGUAGGGUAACCUUUUAAUUUUUUUUUCUUUUUAUGAACAUAGGUUUAUAAAUAGUUUUUAUCAUUAAUCAUAAUAAACAUGAGAAAUAGAUAUAAUGGCUAAGUAAUAAUAAUAAUAAUAUGUAACAAUUAAAAAUAAAAUCAUUUAGAAUAAGAGAUUUUAGUUUCAAAGCUCUUGCUAUUGCG